AUGUCCCUAUUACCGUACAUGUUUGGAUACGAACGGCCAUACCGCCCGAACCGUUUGAUGGACCAAGACUUCGGUCUAGCGUUAACACCUGACGACUUGUUAAUGGUUGUAGGCGCCCCUAUGAUCUCCAGAGACUACUACCGUCCCUGGAGGCAGUUGGCUGCUGCAGCGCGGGACGUCGGCUCCAGCAUCAAGGCGGAUAAGGACAAGUUCCAAGUGAAUCUCGACGUCCAGCACUUUUCGCCGGAAGAAAUCUCCGUGAAGACCACAGACGGAUACAUAGUGGUCGAGGGCAAGCAUGAAGAGAAGAAGGACGAGCACGGGUUUAUAUCAAGGCAGUUUGUGAGGAGAUACGCGCUACCUGAAGGUUGCCGAGCUGAUGCUGUGGAAUCUAGACUCUCCUCUGAUGGAGUGCUAACCGUAACCGCGCCUAGAGUUCAACCCAUCGCCAAGAACGAGAGACACGUACCAAUCCAACAAACGGGCCCGGUCAAGAAAGAAAUCAAGGAUGCCACCAAAGAGGAAGACGAAGAACCGAAGCAAAAGGAUAAGAGCAAAUAG